AUGACACUGUCGGGAAGCAUCCUGCACCCUGCACCUGCAUGUACCGCGCGAGGAUCAGGGGAUGGUGCUGCCGUACCGUUCGAUCCAGCACGUCCCGAUGCUGUGGUCAAGAUCGGAAUCAGGGCCAGCCGCAAGAAGCAAAAAGCAAAGAGUAUCCAGCUCAUGCACUGGACUCCCCCCCCAGUCCAGUUCGUCGUCAUGUACGUGCUGGUUUUGCAUUACCGUGACCAUUUUUUUUCUUUCCUUAUCACGCGUACCGAGGGGUUGACUUGGGGCCUGUGA